AUGUUUCGAGCCAUUCGCGGGGAGGACUGGGCAAACGUUCGAGCCCUGUGGAAGGUAGGUGGUUCAGUCCCGAUCCACCUUCACUACGUGGAAACUUUGCCAUUGGAAGACAUGUUGCUUUUGCUUGUUUUUAACUGCCUGUUAGUCGCCCAUUGGGCCGGGGAAUGCCGAGCGAGAUUCUUGUGUCAGGAGAAGGGCAGCCCGAUGGACUCAAAGAAAUACCUGAUGCAAGAAAGCUUGAAGGCCUCUCGGUUGAGGUCGCUGUACUGCGAGAACGGCUUUGUGGUAUGGGCUCGCAAGUUCGUGGAGUACUUGAAGAUGUUUUCGACGAAGCGGUCUUCUCGCAAGGACAUGGACAGGCUUGUGGACUGCAGCCCGGACAUCGCUUACAAUGGUCAGGUCCUCAACACCACCAUGAUCCUCGCUGCCACCUCUGUGUCUGAGUGCUUCAUUGACGAUGCAGCGGAAGCCUUGCAGCGCCUCAGCCGAAAGUUUGGCAGUGAAUUCCUGGCGUGCCAGUAUUCCAAGCUUGCGGCCCUGGCAAGUGCAGCCAAACGGUGGGCCACUGAGACACUGACGGCCGUGGAGGUCCUGUCUUUUGUUUUGCUGCUUAUGGCUGACGACCUGGAAGCAGGAGCUCCGAGCGGCUUGAAAGGGACAAAGUCAGUGGGCAGGUCCAGCUUGACGGUGCGCCCUUGUGCCACGUGUGAAGUCACCUGGCUGCAAGGUUACGCGCUGUUGGUUAUUAUGCUUUUUUUUGGGGGGCCUGGCAGCACGUGUAAGGCAAACGGCAUGGCGUGCCAUUCGUGUGGCUCUUCCUGGUUACGUCUAGCUUUGGAGAAGUGCCGGAUGUGGCACAGUCUGGUUAGGACACUUCACCAGGACCCGGCCUUUGAGGACUGCGGCCUUUUUCAGCAAUUGGCCGGGCUUGGCUGCUGCAAGAGCCACCAUGUCGAAGGAGAAGCGCGGAUGAAGCUGCAGGCCUGGUUCGACGUGUCAGAAGGCAAAAAGGACAAAGAGCUUCGUGAGGGACGUGCUGCCGAGGUCAAGCAGAAUGUUUUGGCAAGCCUGCAAGCCAGCCUGGGCUCGGAGUCCUUGAGGUCGCGCCGGUCUUCAGCUUCUUUGUCCAGCACGGCUGCCCAGCAGAAAGUUGCCAUCCUUGCCAAGGCAAAAGAGUUCCGUGAUCAGCACAUUCGAUUCGAGUGCUAUGGAAGCACAGCUUCCAUCAGCGAUUGCCUUGAGAAGGUUGAGGCCUCCUGGCGGUCACCUGGUGAGUUGAACAAGGCCCACCGUGUCUUUGUCUUGUCAACAGCACUUCUCUUUGACAACUCACCGCAACCAUGGGUUGCCGGCGGGACGUGGACUAAGAGUUACAUGGCCGAGUACAAGGCCUUGCUGCAGUUCAUGAAAGAAGAGGCUUCCGCGGACGGAGACGCCAGCCUGCACUUUUCCGGGGCCUUUUCGGGGACAUCGAUCGAAGCCGGGUUUGUUUUUGGGCAACGUGAUCGAAACUCUUCUUCGGUGAGGGGGGCUUUUCGGGCUUGUAGGCCUGGAGCCUAG